AUGUUCGACGAGCCAUCAGCACCCGCCAACAAGUCUAUCACGACACCCAAUCAUCAACAACAGCAUCAUCAUACCUAUUCCACAUCGUAUUCUACGGCAUCGUGGUGCAGAAUACCGUCAACGCUGUCGAUUCUGCUGUGCUUCCUGUUUCUGCUAUCACUAGUGCAGGCGGCAUGUGCUCAGACGGAAGAUCAGGGAUGUGGAGAGCACCCACUCAAAGGCAUCCUGCAAAAACUCGAGAUUUCCCGGCCAAACCUAACGUUCGAGCAGACGACCCGACUACUCCAGCAGAUGCGCACCACUAUACUGUACUUCUUCGCCUUGAUCUCCAUGUCUCUAUCAAUCCAAUGUUUCCUCGACAGAAAUAAUCACACUUUCCGGCACACAAGUGAUAAAACGACGGUGGAUUGUUCUGGAAAUUACUGUAUGAAGAUGGUGGUCGAGUAUGACGGUGCGCAGGAGACCGACUGGGAUUGUGGCGAUAAUAUUUGCCCGGAGCAAGCCGGCAGCCACCAAUACCACGGCCGCCCCGAGCACACCUACUGCUGUCAGGGCGCCAAGUGCAACACCGCCACCGCUUUCCAGCUGAUCAGAAUUAUUUUCGGCAUUUCGGCUUUUGUCAUGUACCGCCUUUUG